CACGUUCCCUCCAACACUGCCUCCUGAACCUCCUCUACCCUCCGCUGACCCCCCUGCCAAACCAGACCCAGGUCCUCCCUCGUCACCCAGACUACCACCACUCCCACCACCACCUGACAGACUCAACAUGGCAGCACUCGGUGCUUUUCACUGGAUUCAAACCUGCAUGAUCCUGCUGCUCUGCCUGUCUGAACCUCUGCCUGCUGCCUCACAGAAUAAUUACUAUGAAACUCUUAAUGUGGAGCCAACAGCAACCGCCAGCCAGAUAAAAAAGUCUUUCCGCAAGCUGGCCAUGAAGUACCACCCAGAUAAGAACAAGAGCACCGAUGCAGAGAAGACUUUCAGGGAGAUUGCUGAAGCCUACAAGGUGCUCUCCAAUAAGGACAAAAGGAAGCUGUAUGACAGUGUGGGCCAUGAAGCUUUCCUAAAUAAUGAGGCCUCUUCUGACCCCGAUGAUGAGCAGGACACGAGUUUCUCCUUCAGUUUCUCAGACUUCUUCAGUGACUUUGAUGAUGGUCCCUUUGUGGAGGUGCCGCACUUCCACUGGAGCUUUGAUCAGGGCGUGGAGGAUGAGGACGGUCAAUACGAACAUUACAGCUUUGAGGAUCCAAAGUUCAGCUUUUAUUUCGAGGAUGUCGAUGAAAAUGAGGACGUGCACCUCUAUUAGAUAUCCAGUAUCUUUUUUUCCUACACCCCAUAUGACUGUUAUGCUUUAAUGUAUUUUCAUUUAUUGGUAAUAAAGUGGAAACAUUUAAUUGCA